GUACAGUUGGAGGGAGGGCCCCUGUGGUGCGCAACCGCGCCUACUUUCGAGAACUUUACUUUCGCACCAGGAAGUCGCAUGUAGGCCUCUCGCUGAUCAAAUUGAAAGAAAUUAGUUUGGUGCUAAACCAAAUGAAACCGAGAGAGGGACGUACUUGAAAGAAGAGUGUACAACUAUAAAUAUAUAGCGGUCAUACGUCAACACAAUGUCUAAAAAGAAAAACGGAUCAGAGGCUUGUCAGGUUGUACCUAAAACUGCAGGUGAAGUGGUGGAUAUCUCCUAUGAUCAUCAUUGUGGGAACAUAUUUGAUCUUGUAAAAAGACUUGAAGGUGAAGAUAUUACUAAAAUGACGAAUCCAAGACCAGCCGGUUUAGGUUUUGAAUAUCAGAUUGAAGAUGAUGAUGAUGCAUAUGAAGAUGUGGAUGAUAGUGAUGAUGAAUAUAGUGAAAGUGAUUAUUGCUAUUCUGACUAUGAUCCUGAUUACGCACUUAGAUCCACAUACUGUGGAUUUCCAAGAGUGUUCCUAGACCCGAAUUACAUGCCAACGGGCUUGGAUAUGAAUUUACCUUUCAAUUAUAAAAUGGGUGUUACAGCUGAGGAAGCAGAAAAAAAUGGGAAAGAAUUAGUAGAUGAGGAACAAAGAGUUGCGCAAAAAGCUGAAAAGAAAAGGCUUAAGAAAAAGAGACAAAAAGAGAGAAAAAGACAAGAGAAAUUAGAAAAAAUAAAUCAAAAUGAAGCAAGUUGUCUUGCUGAAGAAUUACUGAAUGUCAAUAUCGCAAAUAGUGAUGAAGAGAAGAAUAUAUCAAAUAAAAAAGAAGCUAGUAUGUUGUCUGCAAAAAGACCAACUGAAUCUUCAGAGAAACACAAAGAAAUAAAUGGAAAUGAGUCUAGUAAUGAGGAUGACGGCAAAAAAGAAGACAGCCCAGAGGAGGAAUCUGAGGAUGAGUUGGAUUUGACCAGCACCUUUGUAUCGAAAGCAGCCAGCAUUGCAAAGCGUAAAAUGGAAUUAAAACCUAAAUCAGAGAAGAAAGAAAAAAAGAAAAAGCCUGAAAAGGAUACAGAAGUAAAGGAAGAGAUACAAGAGAAUGGCAAUGAAGACAAUGGUGCAAUUCAUGCUAGGAGUUUUGAACAAGCAGAUAUAGGUAAUCAGCUGGCCAGCAGUGGCCGUUUUGAAGUUGCUGUGACUUAUUUCACCAAUGCAAUCAAGUUUAAUCCAAAGGAAUAUAAGCUCUUCGGUAAUCGGUCUUUCUGCUAUGAGAGACUGAUGCAAUACGAUAAAGCACUGAAUGAUGCAGAAAUAUCCCUCAGCUUGUGUCCCUCUUGGACAAAAGGAUACUUUAGAAAAGGAAAAGCAUUAGCUGGACUGCAGCGAUAUGCUGAAGCAGAAGUUGCUUUAAAAGAAGUAUUAAAUCUUGAUAGCACAUGUGCUGAUGCGGAGCAAGAGCUGAUGAGAGUCCAGAUUAUCCAGUUGAUGGAAAUGGGCUUCACUCGAGAGCAGAGUACAGAUGCUUUAAUAAUGUAUGGGACAGUUCAUAAGGCACUAGAAGCACUGUCCAACAUCCAUGCUGGAAAUGGCCAUGCUGUGGAAGAGGAGUGGAUAGUGAGUGGAAAAAAAGGUCACUCUGCUGCAAAGUCUGUGCCACGACCCCAGAUACCCCAGACCACGCAACUAAAACCUGUACUUCAACCAAGAACUGCCCAAGCAAACAUACAGCUCGGAGAGCAGCCUAUAUGGGUAGGAAAUGUGACUAAUUCUAUAUCACCGGAACUACUGAAGCAUGUCUUUAGCACGGCUGGUCCAAUCAACAGUGUUAAGAUGCUUUAUGACAGACGCUGUGCCUUUGUUAACUACUCAAACAAGGAGGCUGCUGAACGGGCUAUCCAAACACUGCAGGACUUGGAAAUUGAAGGAACCAAGCUACUUAUCCGUUAUCCUGAUCACUCUUAUAAAAAUCAAGGAAGGACAAAUCUACCCUCUGCUGUACCAGGACUUGCUGCUGCACAGACUGCUAAACCCUUAGUUUUGGGGAAGCCUGUUGGAGAGUGUUUUUUCUGGAGGAUGACAGGGUGCACGAAAAAAGUGUGUCCUUAUAAACACAUUCCUGAACACAAGGGUAUAGAUAGACAAAAGAAGUAGCACCCAAUUUCACUAGAAUGAUUUUAAAUCUACUACCUGGGAAAUGUUGAAACCUAUAGAGUAUACAUUAAUCAAAUAAAUGCAUCUAGAAAACUUAAAUAAAAGGACACCCAUAUGCCAAAGUGUACCAGCCCACAGUGUCAAAAUUGUAUCUCAACAAUAUGAAAUGUAUUUUAUUUUAAUUCGUCCUGAAGUUUUACAUUUAAUUGGAUGCCCACUUGCUAAAGGGGGGGGGGGGGGGGGGCUAACAAAGCAACUUUCCUUUUGUAAACUACAUUUAUUUAUUAUUAUUAUUAUUUAUUUCUUAGCAGACGCCCUUAUCCAGGGCGACUUACAAUUGUUACAAGAUAUCACAUUAUACAUUAUUUCACAUUAUACAGAUAUCACAUUAUUUUACAUACAAUUACCCAUUUAUACAGUUGGGGUUUUACUGGAGCAAUCUAGGUAAAGUACCUUGCUCAACGGUACAACAGCAGUGUCCCUCACUGGGGAUUGAACCCACAACCCUCCGGUCAAGAGUCCAGAGCCCUAACCACUACUCCACACUGCUGUACAUAGUACAACUUGCAAAUAACAAAUCCAUUUUAAAGUUGGCACUGGGUUGGCUUUGUUUGUGGAUGUCCAAAUCAUUUACUUUGGGUGGGGUAACAGUGACAGUUUCAAUCCUUUCAGAUAUCAACUCUGCCAUGAUAAAAUCAAUGUAAGGAAUUAUUUUUACGCUAGCCAUAAAAUAUAAUUAUUCAAUGCGACGUUUGUGUCCCAAUAAUGAUUCUGAGCAUUUUGACCUUGACACAGAUUUACACCAUUGAUUGCUGUCUCCAGUUUCUUUCAUUGUUUUGUAACUGGGUUGACUUUAUGAACACAGGCCUGUAUCUUUGCAGAAAGCCUCACGAUUGCAUACAGCUGUGGCCAAACGUUUUGCAUCACCUAGAAUUUUAGGAUUGAGACAAUCCAAAAGAAGAAAAAAAACCCUGAUGUGACCAUUGUUUUUCUUUAUUAUUUAAUUAAAGAAACUACAAAAUGAUAUCACAGAAGUCUAAUGGAAGGCAUGCUAGUAGUACAGUAUUUCAGUUGGAUUUUGAAAUGUCACAUUUUUCAUUUCAGUUUUUCGUUAAGUAUAUGGAAAGCUACAAAGAGUUAUGUAAUUCAAUAUGUAAACGUAACAUUAUCCAGCAGUUUCAUGGUUUAGGAAACGCAGUUAGUUAUUUUAUAUAGGGUGAUGCAAAACUUUUGGCCAUAGCUGUACUUCAUUAUUUCUUUAUGUGCAAAAAACUACCGGGAGACAUUUGAUCUUAAUUUUGAUCAGUUGUGUUUUUUUUUCUUAGUGUUUUUAGUUUUCGAAAGUCACCCAGUUUAGUGUCAUUCUUGCAAUUGGAUGUAGAGUACAGGGGAAAUGUUGGUGCAACUUAAAAAAAAUAAGAGCAUUACACUUGAGAGCUUCACUGUGUUUCAAAAUUGAGUAGAUCUUUUUAUUUUGAAUUGGUAUACAAAACAAAUUCUAAACAAUGUAGUAUUUUAUCAGGUACCUGUUUCUGCAGCAUGGUCCUUGACUGGCCAUGUGUUUUUAUAUGUUUCUCUUGUGCCGACUGGUGUAUUUGCCCUAUAGAAACCUUCCCAUGUUAAUUUAGUCUGGAAAAAAGCCAUCCAAAUUUUAUAUUUUACUUCUCAAAAUUUAUUCUGGACUAAAUUGUAGAUAAAUCAGUAUUACUUUUUUGAAGAAGUUGGUUGUCAUCACAGAAUUCAGAUUUUUUUGAAUAAUUGAAUUGUGUUGCAAUGUAGGUUGCAAAUUUAGUCUGACACCCAGUAACCAAAGAAUACAUAUGUAUGUGUAUGUGUUUGUAGGCAAGCAACCAAUUGGGAGUUGCCAUUUUCAAAAAUAUAUAUUGCCGCAAGACAUUCAUUUUAACUGCCUGAAAUUAAUAUUUUCCACAACUAAAUGAGUAACCAGACAAUGUGGCAAUUAUUAUUAUUAUUAUUAUUAUUAUUAUUAUUAUUAUUAUUAUUAUUAUUAUUUAAAAGCUUUAUUUUGGAGAUGGCAGUUUACAGAAACUAACUUUUUUUUUUUUUUUUUUUUUAUAUAUAUAAAUAGGUCUCUUUGUGGGACAUUGCUCUAUUUUAUUUUCACGGAAAAGUUAUUGGGUUUACUUAUAACUCCAGUAUAAAGUGUUUUUUCUUUUCUUUUUAAUAAUUACCCAACCUUACUAAAAUACACUGCACAAAUACUGUGGUGGUUUAUAGAAUUCCUCUCUGUAGGUGUUUGGCCAUGGCAGAAACAAAAUGCUGAAUACUACAUUUUAACCGGGGUUCAAUAUUGGCCUUAAUUUUUGCAGCGGUUAUGCUGUAGCUGUUGUGUAUUCAGUUUUUUUUUUCAAAUUCAAAUCAAUGUUUGAAAGUUGGCAAUUUCAGUAAAGAAAUGUGUUAAUGGGAAAAACUGUAGGAGUAUGUUUAUGCUUUUAUAAUGACAUGUAUAAAAAAAUCUAAUCAGACAACUGUGUGAUCUUUUAUUUACCACAAACCUCCUGCAUACACAAGAAAACAUUGUACCUGGAAAAUGUCUUUUCAUGUGUGGUCAAACCUGGUUCCAAUAAAGCAGGUAUUUAAAACAUUUUGGUUACCUUGAGAAGAAUUUUGAUUAAGGCUGUUGGCAGUUCAUUUAGACAACCCGCUGGAAAGCUAUCUGAUCCCUGGGCAAGUCAACAGUUCAGUUUAACCUCGUAUUGCUGAUACAGACCACUUGCUUUCAGACAGUAUCUUUACAUUUAUCUGCUGUAACCUGCUGCUGCUUUGGUUCUGAUGAACUGACCUGCCCACUGAGGCCACCUCCCUCCACAAUUCACCCUUGAAUGGCAAAAUAGGAAUGGGGAGGAAUUCAUAUCUUUCAUCCUUUUUUGGGUAUUCUAUGUAACCACAUGGAUUAUAUCAAGUUUGAUGUGGAAAGUAAAACUUGUAUAUAAAUGAAUAAUUGUUAAAUGUACAAAUCAAUUUAUUUAUUUUUAUAUAUCACUUGGGAACUGUUAGUGUAUUUAAGUGAAUAAUGCAGUAGCUUAAAUGUACAUUAACAUAAAAUGUACUUUAAUUCAUUUAAAAUAAAUUUGAGUUACAAGAGCUUGAUAAACAAUCAAUGUUUAAUGGAUCAGAUGUCCUGGCUUUAGUGAUACAAAAUAAUUUGAAAUUGUAUUACAGUCAGUAGAUGGCAACAGUAAGCAAGUGAUAAAAUUAGGUAUAAACUAGGGGUGAGGCAGUGCUGUGUUGAUAUCGUUUAUUGUCAAAUAUACAUGUUUUUGGUUUCUUUUUAAUCACUCGAUCAUUCAUCGUUGACCAUGACAUGCUUGAGUGACUAUGACUGAAGUAUAUGCAUUUAAUCACCUAAUUAGUAAGACAGUUGAUUGGACACUGGAUAUGGAGUGAUUUCAGCUGUUGAAUUGCAUGCCUGAAUAAAAGCAAUAAAGAAAAUCACAGAAAAAAAAAAAACCAAUAUGCCACGUCUGUCAAGAGAGCAGUGCCUCUGUGCAAUCAGCAUGUUGGAGGCUGGAGUAGGGCAGUGUACUGUGGCUCGCCGUCUUGGGUGCUCACAGCCAGCAAUUUCAAACCUGGCGAGACGGUAUAACCAGACACACACUGCCAAUGACAGGCCAUGAACUGGGAGACCAAGAGUCACAACACCUGCCCAAGAUCAACAUUAUUUUGCAGCAUCUUUGUGAUACCAAUUGUUAAUCGGUACAAUAAAAAGUCACCGCACCUGC